UCGCUUUGCCGCUUGGAGCAGGCGCGUCUGACGUUGCCGGCCACACGGAGAGGGCGAGAGAGGCCUAAGUCGAAUGCGCUGAAGAAGCAUAGGGAAAUUCAGCAGACAUGUGGACCAAGUGAAUGCAGUGUUCAGUGACGUAAUAAGUGCAUCCUAUCAAAACAGUCGUGGAAGUGACAAGUACACGAGUCAUGGAUUCGAAAAGCUCGAUUACAACACCAGAAUGGCAUAUACCGCGACCGACUCUAUCAAGUAAUAAUGGAAGCAUUAGCGAUGCGCGAUCCCGCGGCGGCUCCGCCUCGAGCCAAGGUUCAUCAAGUAAUCACAGCACACACAGCGUGUCUUCAGGGUCGUUGCUGUUGAGUGCUGCUCAUUUAGCGCGCAUGAAUGGUAGGAACACACCUCAAGACGAAUGCGCAAACCAAAGUAGAGCCGCAAACUUAGUAAGGAAAUCUACCAUGACGAGCACCGUGGUUUCAAUUCCCGAGGAGACACGAGACGCGACGGACACGUUUUGGACCGAUGUCAAGCGGGGAUCAGUAGCUGAACCGGAUACGGCGUCAGUUGCCAGCUCAACCCAUUUCACAGUCGUUAAUGGGUUCACGAAGCACCGCCCGAGCAAAGAGCCGAAGUCGUGCUGUUGCGACCAUUCGCACCAAAUAACUGUGCUAGUUAUAUCGAUGACUAUCUUAUUCUCGGCUUGCAUACUUGCGGCUAUAUGCUUCGUUGAAAUGCGAAUGCGAGCAGAGACCGGAAUGUACAAAUAUUCUUAAGAAGUUUGGAAGAAAGCUGUGACGACUAGGCCGACUUUUAUACUACAAAUAACAAAACGUGAAGCGAAUAAUAUUUUUUUUUUUAACAAAACACUAAAUGUUUUAUAUUUAUAUUUUUGACUAUAAAAAUAUUACAUACUUACGUACCAAACUUUAGGCAUCAUUUUGACGAUAUUAAAUAUCGAAAGUUUUUUUAAUAAGUCAUUAUUUGAAUACUUCAUACAAAUCUCACUAACGUAACAUAGGAGUUGCGUAUAUCAAUGUGAGAAAUUAUACUAAAAAUAUAUAUUCGAUAUUGUAAUUUUCACUUUAAUCACAAAUAAUUGGAGUUAGAACAUUGUUCAAUAUGCUUUAACGUUAAUUUAUGGCGUUUAUAAAUGUUUACUACGAAACUGUCUGUCUGUUCAGAGAAACUAAAAUAAAAAACGACCAUAUUUUUAAUUUUGUAACCAAUUUUUAAUAUAAUGUGGUUUCGAUAAGACGGCAAUUGAAUAAGCAAUAAUAUUAAAGGAUAUGUAACAUU